AUCAUCAUCCUUCACACCUUAACCAUCCAACAUAUUCAUCCUCUCUAUUUCUCAGUAUAUACAUUCAUAGAGAAAGAGAUAUACAGAUUCUCUUCCUCCAAGCCACUCAAAGCCUUAAAUAUCAUAUUCUAUCAUAUAUAUAUAUAUAUAUAUUUGUGUGAGCCUUACGUAUGGAUUCUCGUACAACGUUAAUAUCCGCUACGGCGGCAAGCCUUUGUUUUCUAUUAUGUAUCUGCAUGACGAACGGUGAGCUUCAAAGAUUCAUUGAGCCGGCGAAGAGCGACGGUUCCGUUAGCUUUAUAACCAUCGGUGAUUGGGGUCGCCGUGGCGACUACAAUCAGUCUGUUGUGGCCUACCAGAUGGGAAGGGUUGGAGAAAAGAUAGGUUUAGAUUUCGUGGUGUCCACGGGAGAUAACUUCUACGACAAUGGAUUGUAUAGUGAACACGAUCCUAACUUCAAAGAGUCUUUCUCUAACAUCUACACUGCUCCAAGUCUCCAGAAACAGUGGUACAGUGUCUUGGGGAACCAUGACUACAGAGGCGACGCAGAAGCUCAGCUAAGCUCUGUUCUCAGGGAAAUCGACAGCCGCUGGACCUGUCUCCGUUCCUUCAUCGUCGACGCAGAGUUGGUUGAGAUCUUCUUCGUUGACACGACUCCUUUCGUUAAAGAAUACUACACAGAAGAAGAUGGUCACACGUACGACUGGCGUGCGGUCCCGUCCCGGAACUCUUAUGUUAAGUAUCUCCUCCGUGAUGUCGAAGCUUCUUUGAAGAGAUCUAAAGCCACGUGGAAGAUUGUGGUUGGACACCACGCGAUGAGAAGCAUUGGUCACCAUGGAAACACUGUUGAGCUAGUUGAAGAGCUUUUGCCGAUUAUGAAGGAGAACGGUGUUGAUCUCUAUAUGAAUGGACACGACCACUGUCUUGAACAUAUUAGUGAUGAAGACAGUCCUAUUCAGUUUUUGACGAGCGGUGCUGGUUCCAAGGCUUGGAGAGGAGAUGUUGACCCGACCACCAACAAUCCUAAGUCUGUGAGAUUUUAUUACGAUGGUCAAGGGUUCAUGUCUGCUAGAUUCACUCACUCAGAUGCAGAGAUUGUCUUCUACAAUGUCUUUGGUGAGGUUUUGCACAAAUGGGUUACUUCUAAGGAGCUUCUUCAUUCCUCUGUUUGAUCAGAAGUCUAAAUAAAUUUUUGUUUCCUUGUAAUUUUUGUAACAUAUCUUUCAAGUCCUAUUGCAGGCUAGGUAGGCUUCCUGCUUAGUUUAGCAUCAAUUUAGCUAUAGCUUAUCCCAAUAAAAAUAUUAUCUUAAUGUAAUGUAAUGAUUUGCCUAAUGAUUAUCUUCUUAAUGUUAUAGUCAAAUGCAUUA